AUGUCCCAAAUUUCGUUUUCUCCGCAAUAUUAUGAAGCAUUAGAACAGUUGAAAAAGAAUAUUGAAGCUUUUAAAGAUAUAACCAUAGAAGAAGCAAGAAAGCAAUAUGGCUUAAUUCCUAUAUCAACUCCAAAUGACUGCAUUGUGGAAGAGACUAAAUUGGAUGAAAAAUAUGUAAUUAAAAGCAAGGAAUAUUUAGUGGAUAGGUUGAAAAUAUACGAAGACGUUAUUGAUGAAAAAUGGCAAGAUCUUGAUAAUGAUGGAUUAUCCGGAGAAUGGAUUAAAAUUAAAGAUAGGAAAGAUACAGGAAGGGUUGUGCUUUUCAUGUUUGGUGGAGGAUAUUAUAUGGGAUCACCUAAAGUAUGUCGCAAUAUGACUUAUGAAAUCGCAAAAAAUGCUGAAUGUUCAGUUUUUGCAAUUAAUUAUCGUCUUGCUCCUGAAAAUCAAUUUCCUGUUGCACUUUGUGAUGCUUUAGCAGCAUAUUUAUAUCUUACUGAUCCUCCUCUUGAAACAGGACUUAAACCAAUUGAUCCUAAACAAAUUAUAUUUGCUGGAUCUAGUGCUGGUGGUGGAUUAGCUGUUGCUACUACAUUAUUCAUUCGUGAUGUUGGUUUACCAUUGCCAUCAGGACUUGUUUUAUGGUCACCAUGGGUAGAUUUAAUGAAUAGCAUGCCAUCUUAUUGGAAACCUGAAAUGGACAAAACUGACUUUUUAAUUGGUGCGCUAGGUAUUAGUAAACUCGGUCCACCAACCUCUAUUUCAAUUGAAUAUUUUAAACGCGUAAAAAUUCUUUCGGAAAAAAUUAAACAAAAAAAACCAAAAGUAGUCGGACAUCCUUCUUUUAAUAAAGUUCCAAGAUUUAAUUUAUAUUGUGCAAAUGAAGCUUUGGCCAUUCCAUAUGUUAGUCCAAUGUUAGCUGAAAGUUUGGGAAAUCUACCACCUAUUUUAUGCCAAGUAGGUGGUGGAGAAAGAUUUCUGGAUUCAAAUAUUUUAUUCAGUUUCAGAGCUUCUGAUCCGAGUAAAUAUCAAUUACCUAAAUAUGCUACACUGAAUUUUGCUAAUUCACCAUUCAAAAAGCCUACCAAUGUCACACUUGAAGUUUAUGAAGGAGCGUGUCAUUGUUUUCAAGAAAAAAUUCCUUAUGAAAAAAUUUCAAAGUUCUCAAUAAAACGAUCUUGCGAUUUUAUUAAAGAUCAUACACUUAAUGAAAGUAUUCCGGAUGCAUCUGAGAAUAAAUCUUUUCAAGGCAUUCAAAAAAAUAUUAAUACUAUUGCAAUUAACCCAAAUUGUGAUAUUAAAGAGUUAGAUGAAAAAUUUCUAGAAUGUUUAAACUGGGAAAAUAUUGGUGUUGUUCAAAGAUAUAUAUUACUGUAUUAA